AUGAAAGUGAAACAAGGAUCAUUUCUGUGGUACCUCUACUUAGAUAAGAUAUACUGUUUACUAUCAGUGAGAAAUGUCAAGGCACUGUCGGAAUAUUUCCAAGUUCUUGAUGUACACAGAAAGCAGGCUCUAAAUGAUGUGGUCUUCUAUCAUUUUCUUCAUCAUGUGACUGACUUGAGCAGGAACCAAAUUAUGAUAGUGUUUGACAUGCUGGAUUGGGAUGCCACAGGAGAAAUUGGUUUUGAUGAGUUCUACAUGCUCGUUUGUGUCUUAUUGUCACACGAGAAUCACUUGGAAGAGCGGUUUAUCUAUCGACACUCCCGGCCUGUGUUUGAGCUGCUUGACAGAGAGGGGGCGCUUAGGGUUAAGUUAAGUCAGUUCGAAGCCUUCCGAUUCCUCUUCAAUUUCAGGAACCAGGAAAUGAAACAGAUUUUCAAGAACUUUGAUGUUACAGGUGAUGAGCGUCUCAAUUACAAAGAGUUCAAGUUGUUCACCAUCUUCUGCCUUGACAAACAUCAGGAGAGGCAGAAAUUAGAGAGACAUAAACAUCUGCUCAUGAAACAGAAAAGUCUCUUUGAAAGGUGGAGAGAAGACCACAGAGCAAAGAAGUGA